CUCGAUUCCAAGGGCGCCGAGACAAAAGGCGUGAGCGGUGCCGUUGGCGAUCCGUUCGGAGCCGCUCACAAGACGUCAGUUUACCUGAGGGCGAGGUGAGGGGAUCCAGGCGCGUAACUGAAAUCGCAAAAGCAGGAAAAGAGCCAUGUACCAAAGCCUUCCUUCCACGUCGUCAAUGGGGUAGACAGCAAUCAAUCGCUUCUGUUUCUCUACUCUUCUUUCUUCCCUUGAGCAAGACUCGGGAAUCGUUCCGUGCUAUUCUUUGCAUAUAUAUAUACACGCAUACUUGACUUUGGGUCUCCUGGGCUGGACCCCUCGCACCUUGACGGUCGCGCUCUGACAUUCAAUGACGGUUACAGAUGACGAACUCGACCGGCGCCGAUACAAGGCGCCGUAUAGCACCCAUCGUCCUAUCCCGACCAUACAAAAGUACCAAGAGGAGAAGGAGAAACGACGCGCAAACGCCGACGAUGAAUCUCCACCGCCCAAAGGCAAGGAGGACAAGCAAGAGGACCAAGAUACUGCGAACAGAUACCUCUAUUCCAGAGAGCAAAGCGAUGUCGACUCUGACAACUCGGACCUCGACAAUCCGGCACACGAGAAGAAGGACCGCUCACAGCAAUUGAAAAAGAAGCUUGUUGGCGGUGGUGUGCACGACCCUUCAGAUCUGACCCAGGACACGUCUGAAGCUCCCGUACAAGACCAGGACCCAAAGACACGACGCAAAGCUCUAGGCAAGAGUAAACGUAAGGGAGAGCGUGCCUACCGUGAGGUGACCGAUCCAGUCACUCAUCUACCUGUCCGCAUCCACGACCUGCAACCUGGCGAUCUUAAGAGAGUGCCCGAGAAUCUGGGGCCACCAGGCUCCGAGUCCAGGUCAGCUACCGGCGUGGCCAACAAGAGGAAGAGCGAGGACACGCUGCAAAAUGAGACACAAGAGAUCGGAGGACAUCAUGCCGCGCUCGAGAACCUCUUCCCUCCGCCCGACUUUGACGAGAUCCGAAACCGAAUGAACAAGAUACAAAAGCUAGGAAUCACGAUUGGUGUCGUCGCCGUCUUCCUUGGCAUUGGCCUCUACAAAACCAUCGCUGUUUUCUUCCAUGAUCGCAACGAUGCGCUCGCUGGUGUUUCGUGGUCUUUCCUCUGGCCAUAUGUGUCGAGUGGCUUCGCUACCAUCAUGGUCGCCGCUCUCGUGGUCGCUGUCAUACUCUGGAUCCAGAAGUGGACCGAUAGGCAAGUCCACAGACUGUGGGAAGAGGAGAUAUGGCACGCCGACAAGCACGCCGCGAAAGGUCAUGACGGCAAGGAGGAGUCCACUCAAUGGCUCAACAAUAUCUUGACAUCCCUUUGGCCUCUCGUCAAUCCCGACCUCUUCAUCUCUUUGGCAGAUACACUUGAGGAUGUCAUGCAAGCCUCGCUUCCAUCUAUUGUUCGUAUGGUCAGCAUCGAGGAUCUUGGUCAGGGAAGCGAGUCUAUCCGUAUUUUAGGAGUGCGCUGGUUGCCUACUGGUGCUGCUGCUCGUUCAGUAGGCGCAGAUGGCAAACUCAGUCCAGCGCCUCAAGAUGGGCACAAUGACCGCAGUUCAAAGGUACAGGAAGAAGCGGAUGACAAGCAGAUUGCCGAAGGUAUGGAAGCUGAAGAGGGUGAUUUCAUUAACUUGGAGGUCGCCUUCGCCUACCGCACACGGAGCACAUCCAAGAAAUUCCACGACAGGGCAAAGCAUGCACAUCUGUACAUCUCCUUCUAUCUGCCUGGUAACAUCAAGAUACCAGUCUACGUUGACCUAAGAGGUUUUGUUGGUAUCAUGCGCUGCAGACUACAGCUUACUCCGGAUCCGCCAUUCUUUGCCCUGUGCACUUUCACUCUGCUCGGGCAACCCAACGUAGACGUCGCUUGCACACCUCUUACUAGAAAAGGUCUCAACAUCAUGAAUCUGCCAGUCAUCUCGCACUUCGUCCAAACUGCAGUCGAUGCUGCUAUGGCUGAGUAUGUUGCACCCAAGAGUAUGACUAUCAACCUCCAAGACAUGAUCGCCGGCGAGGACUUCAAGAAGGAUACUAGAGCCAAAGGUGUGAUUGUUGCAAGGAUCAAACGUGCCUUCGAAUUCAAGGAAGGGGACCCUGGUAUCCCGCUGGUCAGAGAUGGCUCCGCUGAUCCAUACGUCUCUGUAGGCUGGGCCAAAUUUGUCAAGCCAUUGUGGUCAACUCGCGUUAUCCUCUCAGAGAUGAAUCCGCACUGGGAAGAAACUGCGUUCAUUCUGGUCACAGCUGAUGAGUUGAAUGUGGACGAGAGACUUCGCAUCCAGCUCUGGGACUCUGAUCGCUUUACUGCAGAUGACGAUCUCGGUCGUAUAGAGAUGGACCUCAAGGAGUUGAUGCGUAAUGAGGAGACAAGAGGCAAGAUGUCCGAUCGCAUUGACGGCUUCAAGGCUUUACAUGCCGGUGAAGGAUUACCUGGCAAGCUCGAAUGGAGUGUUGGCUAUUUCCCCAAGGCACACAUUGUUGAAGAGCAACUCAAGCGACAAACAGAAGAGCCGGAAAUCCGAUCCCGAGAUGCACUUGAGAAGAUGGUGGAGGAGUCUGCUAAUCGCAAGCUUCGUGAAGCCAAGAAAGAUGAGAGCAGAGAGACCGAACAGCUAAAACUGCAGCAGUACAAAGAAGUCGAAGAUGCGAUGAUCAUCUCUGCACCACCUCUUCCCGAUUGCCCCAGCGGUAUUCUGGCCAUCCAGAUUCAUGAGGCUACCGGACUGGAAGUGCGUGCUCACCACAAUGCGGCACGCUACAAUGACGAACCAGAGCCAAGCGGCUUCGAAGAACAGGGCGACGAGCUUCCGUCUUGCUACUGCAAUAUCAUUCUUAAUCACCAAAAGAUCUACCGUACACGUGUCAAGCCCAAGAACGCCAAACCUUUCUUCAACGCAGGCACUGAGCGCUUCGUGCGUGACUGGAGGACCGCUGAGGUUUACAUUGUCGUCAGAGAUGCUCGAGUGCAUGAAGACGAUCCUGUCAUGGGUAUCGUGAGGCUGCCCUUGGUCGACAUUAUGAGCAAACGCUCUCAAGUCAACAACACAUAUCCUCUGUAUGGCGGUGUAGGCUAUGGUCGCAUCCGCGUCAGCAUGGUCUUCCGUGCAGUAGAAAGUCACCUGCCCAAAGAAAUGCUCGGUUGGGAUUGGGGUACUUUGGUCGUCGACCCUCGCAUAACAGCGAGCACCAACUUCCCCUCGGAACUCCAAGGUUGUCGCAUGAAGAUCCAGACUUCCGUCACCGUGGCACAUAUGAAAGCACACAAGGAUAAACAUGCCUGGGUGAGCCGCCAUAACAAUGGUGUUCACCUGGGUGUCCGUCGCCGUUAUGCUAGCUGCCUAGUGAUCCAAUUCCGCAAAGAUGCUGCUCUCCGCGAUAAGACCGCUGGCUUCGCCGUCCUCUGGCUAUGCGACAUUGCAGACAACGAAGAUGUCUCCUUGACCCUACCAGUCUGGAAGGGAGAUCUGAAACGAGCUACGACCUGCAAACUCGAGUCCUACGGCGACAAAGUAGGUGAAAUUAACUUCAAACUCAAGUUCUGCAGAGGAUUGAGCAGAUACCACAAGCGACUUGCCAAACACGACAAGCAUCUCAGCGAUGUCACUGAGGUUGUGGAAACAGCAAGAUUCCAAAUGACGAAUAACGAACAAGAUGACCCUGACGCUGUCAAAAACAAAAAUGAAUCGAAAAACAAGGUCUCGGACACAACGGGGGCGAACGGUGGCAGUUGUCCACACGCUGAAGGCGACAGCUCCGGCGAAUCAGCAGACUCGUCAUCCUCAGACUCCGAUACCGAGACAGAUAGAAAUGUUAUAGACAGCUACCACGAAUAUCGCGAAAAUAGCAAGCAAAUCAAUCGCAGGCAUAGGGGUGUUAUGCAGUUCAAGUCUGCGAGGACAAUGUGGUGGAUGAAGCACAAGGCUGAGCAUUUGCAAGAUCGCAUCUCCGGAAUUUUCGAGCAUCAUGAAAGGGCUACUGGCAUCGAGAGCGAGGCUUGA